UUCUAAAUGCAAAUUUAACACAACAUGAGUGCAGUAGAAUGAGCCAUUCUGAAACCAAAACGGACCGUUCUGAAACUAAAACGGGCCGUUCUGAAAUCAAAACGGGCCAUUCUGCUGUUAGAACGGGCCUUCUGAAUUCAGAAUUCAGGUGUAUUGAAUGGACCAUCAAAUCAGUAAACCAAAAUGCUUACAUCAUGAUUGCUAUAACAGGCAAAAGUUUCUUUAGCGCUUCUUGUAUCGCAACAGAGCUGAUCAUGAAUAACAUUCUGAAGAUUGGGCGUCUUAACGUGAUUGGAGAUGUCAUUUUGUUCCUGGGAAAACUGUGUGUCAGCCUCUCAAGUGCUUUGUUUGCGUUCCUCAUGUUGGACACACACAAGUACAGUUCUGCUCAUAACAAGACCUCAUCUCCACUCUUACCUGUUGUGGUUUGCUGGGCUCUUGGAUACGUUGUUGCAACCCUUUUCUUUGCAGUUGUGGAGAUGUCAAUUGAUACCAUAGUUCUAUCAUUCUGCCAAGAUUCUGAAGAGCACCAAGGGACAGCCCAAUAUGCUCCACCCCUUCUCGUUGAGACUCUCAAUGACCAAAAUGAAAUGCAGAGACUCACACAAGGACCCUAAUUAAACAUGUCCAUGUGUAGUAGUUUUGCUAAAUAUAAUAACAUUUAGAUAUUUUUAUUAAGGUGCAUAUUUUUGCCACCCUAGUUCUGUUCUUACAUCACAUGUAUAUAUGUUUUGUAUACUAAGGUGGGAUUGGUGGGGUUGCCAUUU